AACAGAUUGUUUCUGCGCUGAAAGUGGGCGCAAUUUCGUGUUUAUAUAUAUUUUUUGUUUUUGAUUGUUUAAUCUCUGAUGAUUUUCUUGGAACAAGCGUAUAUUUUAUUGAAAGAUGAUUUACAGAAAAUGUUUUGGACAAACUUUUCUUAUAAUUAGGCAUAUUUAAAAGAAAUUUUAAAGUAGCAGCAUUAUCAAUUAUAAAGUAUUUUUAAGUAUGUGAAAGUGACUAAUCCCUGUUUCUCCGAAUUUUCAAUUUUUGUCCUCCAUGGAGCCUUUGUAACUUUGUGCACAGACUACAAUUUCAAUGUUUCUGUGGUAAACUCCAAUCUAGUGUCAGGUGCGACUGUAGUUCAGAUUCUCUUUCUGCUAUCUGAUCCAAGAAAUAGAGAGAUGGAGUUGAUUGGGUUCGUUCAAGUUUUCAACAUCAUCGUCAUCGCCAUCGCCAUCGGGACUCCGUUGUACUUGUGCUGCAGAUCUUUGACUUUUUCUUCUUCUUCGUCUUCUGCUGUUGAUUCUGCUGUAGCUGAUGGUGCUGCUGUUGCUGAUGACGAGGAUGCUGAUAUCCCCCUUCGUCGAGAAAAGUACGAUGUGUUUAUCAGUUUCAGAGGUGAGGACACCCGCCUUGGUAUUACCAGCCAUCUUCAUGCUGCCUUACUUGAGAAGAAAAUUGAAACCUACAUCGAUAACAGACUUCAGAGAGGAGAAGAAAUCGGACCUGCCCUUCUAGAAGCAAUCGAGAAAUCCACCAUUUCGGUGAUCAUUUUCUCACAAAACUAUGCUGAUUCCACAUGGUGUUUGGAUGAGCUUGUGCAUAUACUCGAAUGCAAGGAAAGAUAUGGCCACAUGGUUCUACCCGUAUUCUACCACAUCAAUCCAUCUCAUGUACGAAACCAACACGGGAGUUAUGCGGAUGCAUUUGCUCAACUUGAAAAGCGUUUCGAGGACGGUAUCGAUAAGGUGCACAAGUGGAGGGAUGCUUUGACGACUGCAGGCAAACUAUCUGGGUUUCAUCAUUCAAACAAAUCCGGGACGGAGGCAGAUCUAAUUAAGAAUGUUGUCGAUCGUAUUUGGACCAAAUUGAUUUGUGAAUCAUCAUGUGAUUUAGAGGGCCUGGUUGGAAUUGAAAGCCGCAUUCAGCAAAUUGAAGAGCUAUUGGGCAUUCAUUCACAAGACGCUUGCAUCACUGUUGGUAUUUGGGGAAUGGGUGGCAUUGGCAAGACCACCCUCGCUGAAACUGUAUUCCACAGACUUUCUUCUAAAUUUGAUGCUUCUUGUUUUCUUAAGAAUGUUAGGGAGAACUCAGAAAAAGCAGAUGGACUAGAUCACUUGGAAAAAAAACUUCUUAAGGAGAUAUUAAAGGGAGAAGGUCUAUCCAUGGGAUCAACUUUUGUUCGAGAUAGGCUCAAGUGUACAAAGGUCCUCAUCGUUCUUGAUGAUGUGAGUGAUUCAAUACAGCUGGAACGUUUAGUUGGCAAGCGUCUUCGGUAUGCCACUGGAAGUAGAAUCAUUAUCACAAGUAAGGAUAAGAGAACACUUACUGAAGAGGGUAAGAUCUACGAGGUUGAGGGAUUAAAACGGGAUGAUGCUCUUCAGCUCUUCUGUUCUCACGCUUUCAAGAAUAAAAGUACUCCUAUAACAGAUUAUAAGGAGUUGGCAGAAAAGGCGGUGGACUAUGCUGGAGGCGUUCCUUUAGCUCUUAAACUUCUGGGGUCCUUGUUCUUCAGUUGCAAGAGCAAAGAAGAAUGGGAAGAGGAAUUGGACAAACUGAAAGAGUUUCCCAAUGAAAAGCUCCAGAGAGUGUUGAGACUAAGUUAUGAUGGAUUGGAAAGAAAUGAGAAGGAGAUAUUUUUGGAUAUAGCAUGUUUUCAUAAAGGGAAUGAAGUGGAAGAGGUAAGAAAAAGGUUGGCUAUCCGUGGACGCUUUGCGGCGGCUGGAAUUAGAGUUCUCGUUGAUAAGUCUCUCAUAUCAAUUAAGUCAAUAGGAUGGGAAAUUAUAGAGAUGCAUGAUCUGCUUGAAGAAUUGGGAAGAACAAUUGUUCAGGAACAAUGUAUUGAAGAUCCCGGAAAACGGAAUAGGUUGUUCAACGAUGAGGAUAUAUAUCGUGUACUGACGAUUAACAAGGAAACUCCAAAUGUUCAAGCCAUAAUGUUUGAUUGGUCAAAGAUUAAAAAGCGAGCAUUGAAAAGUGCAGACCUCAAAGUGAUGUCUAACCUCAAAGUGAUGUCUAACCUAAAAAUGCUAAUGGUGGAUAGUUUUGUCGCUUCUCUAGACCUUCCCGACUCUUUUGUCGCUUCUCUAGACCUUCCCGACUCUCUUCGUUAUCUCUACUGGCCUCGUUAUCCACUGGAAUCUUUGCCGUCAAAUUUUUCUCCUGAAAAUCUAGUUGAGUUUCAUAUGCGAUAUAGCCAAGUUAAGAAGCUUUGUAAAGAAGACCAGAUACUUGUGAACUUGGAAGUGAUCGAUCUGAAGCACUCUUGGUACCUAUCUGAACUUCCAAAUCUCUCUGAGAGUCAAAAAAUUGUGAGCAUAGAUCUCUUUGGCUGUAGAAGUUUGGUUGAAAUUCCUUGGUCUUUUCAACGUCUUGACAAGCUUACUCAUCUUGAUGUUGGAGGCUGCACCAGUCUCGAGUAUCUUCCAGAGAUGCCAAGGAAUAUUAUAUACUUAGAUUUACAAAACAGUGGUAUAAAGGAGUUGCCCGAAUCAGUUUGGUCUCAUGAAAAUAUUUCUCACUUGGAUAUUACUGGUUGUAAAGACCUUGAGAAACUUCCAAGCAACAAGUGUAAGCUGAAAGUCUCUGGUUGUUUUAAUCUAGAUGGCUGCACAUCUCUUGGUGAGUUUUCUGAGCUUCCCAGGGAUAUAAGUAAAUUAUCAUUGGUUGGUUGCAUGAGACUUGUGAGUCUACCAGCCAACAUUUGUAAGUUGAAAUAUCUCGAGGGACUCAAUCUCUCUGGGUGCUCUAAACUUCAAAACUUCCCCGAGAUAUUGGAGCCAAUGGAACAUUUGAAGCACUUAAAUUUAAGUCAAACAGCGAUUAAAGAGCUACACUCAUCAAUCGAGUUUCUCCCUGCGCUCAAAACACUUGAACUACAAAGUUGCAAAAGGCUUUCAAGUAUCCCAAAAAGCAUUUGUAAGUUGAAAUAUCUCGAGGAACUCAAUCUGUCUGGCUGCUCCAAACUUAAAAACUUCCCAGAGAUCUUGGAGCCAAUGGAACAUUUGAAGUCCUUAGAUUUAAGUCAAACAGCGGUUGAAAAGCUACACUUAUCAAUCGAGUUUCUCCCUAACAUCAUGAGGAGAAGUGCUGAUAACCAAAGUUAUUAUGUGUUGGGUCACAAGACCGCCAACAUUCGUGAUCUUUACACGUUGGGUCAUAAAUUAGGACAGGGACAAUUUGGGUCUACGUAUUUAUGCAUUGAGAUUGCUACUGGCUGUCAGUAUGCGUGUAAGUCUAUCUCCAAGAGGAAGUUGAUCUCGAAGGAGGAUGUGGACGAUGUUAGGAUGGAGAUUCAGAUAAUGCACCAUUUGGCUGGUCACAAGAAUAUUGUGACAAUCAAGGGCGCUUAUGAGGAUUCACUGUAUGUUCAUAUUGUAAUGGAGCUUUGUGGCGGGGGUGAGUUGUUUGAUCACAUUGUCCAGAGGGUUUAUUACAGUGAGAGAAAGGCAGCUGAGUUGACACGGAUUAUUGUUGGUGUUGUUGAAGCUUGCCAUUCACUUGGUGUCAUGCAUAGAGAUAUGAAACCCGAAAACUUCUUGUUGGUUAACAAGGACGAUGAUUUUUCUCUCAAGGCCAUUGAUUUUGGACUCUCAGUUUUCUUCAAACCGGGUCAAGUUUUCACUGAUGUGGUUGGAAGCCCAUAUUAUGUUGCUCCGGAGGUACUCCUCAAUCAUUAUGGACCAGAAGCGGAUGUGUGGACUGCAGGAGUUACACUGUAUAUUCUGCUCAGUGGUGUGGUACCAUUUUGGGCAGAAACCCAGCAGGGGAUAUUUGAUGCGGUCUUGAAGGGAUAUAUAGACUUUGAAUCAGAGCCAUGGCCUGAAAUAUCUGACAGUGCAAAAGACCUAAUCCGGAAGAUGCUAUGUUCUAGGCCUUCAGACCGCUUAACUGCACAUGAAGUGCUAUGUCACCCUUGGAUUUGCGAAAAUGGGGUUGCUUCUGAUAGAGAUCCAGUUGUACUUUCUCGUCUCAAAACGUUUUCUGCUAUGAACAAGUUAAAGAAGAUGGCUUUACUGGUAAUAGCUGAAAGCCUAUCUGCGGAGGAGAUUGCUGGACUCAGAGAGAUGUUUCAGGCUAUGGAUACUGAUAAUAGUGGUGCAAUAACAUUUGAUGAACUUAAAGCUGGUUUGCGGAGAUACGGCUCUACCAUGAAGGAUACAGAGAUAUGUGAUCUUAUGGCUGCGGCUGAUCUGGACCACAGUGGAACAAUUGAUUAUGGGGAAUUUCUAGCUGCUACAAUUCAUCUUAACAAACUAGAAUGUGAAGAACAUCUGGUUGCAGCCUUCCGAUACUUUGAUAAGGAUGGAAGUGGUUAUAUUACGGUUGAUGAGCUCCAGCAAGCUUGUACAGAACAUAACAUGACUGACGUCCUUCUUGAAGAUAUUAUAAAAGAAGUUGAUCAGGAUAAUGAUGGAAGGAUUGACUACAGUGAGUUUGUCGCCAUGAUGCAAAGGGGCAAUGUGAAAGGCAACAUGCCAAUUGGAAGACGGACUAUGAGGAACAGUCUAAAUUUGAGCAUGAGAGAUGCACCAGGAGCUCAUUAGCUUCCAACUAAGCACACCAGCGUCAUGUAAAGGUUGUACAGAAAAGUCAGAAGAAGGGAGAUUUGGUGGUAGAAGAUUGAGAAGCAAAUUUUAAUUCCUCAACUCGAAAUAGAGAUUCGAAUAGGGAGACGUAACAUUUUGAGAGUUGGGAGAUUUCUGUUGUUUUUUUAUUUUGUUAAGUGAUGCCUUUUGUAUUGCUGUAUGAUGACCAAACAAUAUUUGGAGAGUGGCAAGUGUUAUUUCAAGAUUCUAACUUAU